AUGGCUGCACCGGUCGAGAAUGUCACGGAAUUCUCUCGCAUUCGCCUCCAAGAUGGCAUCAAUGCUCUAGACGAGUCCUCGGACGCUGGCAAGGCUUUGUCGAGUGUGCUCGAUGAGACCCUGAAGCAGCCCGGAGUGCAACGCAUUUACACAAGCCAUGAGAUUGAAGACCCUGCGAAUCUGUGGCUCUUUGUCGAUUGGGAGACCUCAGAGCAUCGGAACAAUUAUCGCAAGAGCGAGGAGUAUGCAUCUCACGUCAAAGUUAUUGGCGCAUAUAGAAAUACUGAGUCGACCGCAAAGGACUUCAGCAAGCUCGUGGACAUAUACUCCUCUCCUGAAGACGUACUGGACAGCAAAGGGUCUCGCGUGACCGAGGUCCUCAUAGCCUAUUUCCCACAUGACUAUGAUGCCGACUCGCGAUCCACGGCCAUGAAGCGCGUUGGCGAGUUCGUCGCUGACGGGCUCAAGGCGUCACCAGAUUGGCGGGGUAUCAGCUGUGGCUGGAGUGUGGACAACGAUGUUCCUGUUCGAGGGGACGAGUCUCAGUCUGGUGUUGCCUUUGUGUCCUUCAUUGCUUGGCCCAGCGUUGAAGCGCACCUGAAAUUCCGCGAGACAGAAGCGUUCAAGUCCACAAUUCACCACUUGAGGGAGAUUCCUGGACUUGUGAAACUCUCGGCAUUCCAUGUGAGCUGCAAGAGCAAGGCUGCUGAGGGGCAACCGAAGCCUUGCGCAAAUGAAUACCACCAACAUGGUGGUGGCUGCUGCUGA